ACAUGGGUUCCUGGCAUGGCGGAGAGGGAGCAGGUCCACAGGGUAACUCAGACAGAUAGGCUGUGGUGGAACCUUGUUCCCCCAAAGGGAAGGAGAAAGCGAAAAUGCACUGACGGGGGAGGAACUGGUAUCAGCAGGAGAAGGUGGGCGGGGAGUUGCAGAAAUGUAUCCAUAUCUCUCUCUCUCGGCCUCCUGUUUUCUUUAAGGGUGUUUUUCAAAGCCCUUUUUCUCAUCUCCUCCUCCUCCGAGCACUCAGCCAAGGCCUGUGAGGAGGAUCCGAGAGAGGCUUCAAAGAAAGGAAGAUGGCUCCGGGGGAAGAGCCUGCUCCUGUGUGCUCUCAUGCUCAGCACUGUCCUUGGGUUUGCAUUGCUUCUUGCCUACACCAUCCUGACCGGUGGCCUGGGUACAAGACAUGACAGUCCUUCUCCUUUCCCUCACACCCGACCCACCAAACCUUGUGACACGGAGGAAUGUCUCAUGCUCCUGGCCAGACUCCUGGAGGUGAGAAAUGCCACCAUAGACCCCUGUGAGGAUUUUUAUGGCUAUGCCUGUGGCAACUGGGAAGCCAACCACUUGCGCACGGAGACUAUGGAGUCAUCAAAUGUGUUUGAUGUCCUGCUGGAAGAAAACCAGCUGAUCCUGAAGAGGCUCUUAGAGGUUCCACAGCUCAGGGUUGAAGGCUCGGCCAAGGGAAAAGCCAUCCAGUUCUACCACUCCUGUAUGGAUACCCAACAGAUAGAAGCAGAAGGGGCUCAGCCCUUGAAGGAGCUCAUAAAUCAGGUUGGUGGCUGGAACUUCACAGGCCCCGGGAAACAAACCGAUUUUAACCAGACCCUGAAAACACUCAUGGGCAAAUACAACACUUUCCCCUUCUUCAGAGUAUAUGUGGGACCCAGCUCUUCUGACCCCAGCACCAAUAUUAUCCAGAUUGACCAUCCGGAGUUUGAGAUGCCACCAGAGAGUGACUACAAUGAAAAAGCAAAUUAUCCCGAGUGUUUUAAAUCACAGGUUGUCCGUGUGUAUUUCUCAUACCUGAUGAAGCUGGGGACAUUGUUGGGAGGGCCACAGAAUGUUACCUCCACCGUCAUCUCCUUCGCCUUGUCCUUCAUCUCCAACCUCCAGAAGGAGGUCACCCCACUGCAGGAACGGCAGGAGAGAAGGAUGCUCUUCUAUCACACCACUAUCAGGGAGCUGCAGGAAAAGGCACCCACAAUCGAUUGGCUGUCAUGCCUCCAGGCAGCCUUCCAUCCUGUGCAGCUGAACAUCUCCCAGCCAAUCGCAGUGCACGACAUGGAUUAUUUGAAAGGCAUGUCACGGCUGAUUGAAAAAUGGCAGAAGGGGAGGGUCCUACAGAUCUAUAUGAUCCUCUGCCUGGUUGGAAAUCUCUCCCCAGCCCUUGACAGCCGGUUCCAAGAUGCACGCAGGGAGCUGUUUGAAAAGCUGCAUGGAAAGACAGGGGAAUCUGGGAUGGUACUGGCCCAUCGCUGGAGGAAAUGCCUGAGGGACACCAGCACUUUCUUUGAGCCUGUCCUUGCGGAGAUGAUUGUGCAAGAGAUUUUCCCUCAAGAGACAAAGGAACUCGCUGAGAAGAUGUUCUCUCUGGUCCGAGAUGCCCUCCAAAGUCGGCUGGAUCAGGUGGAGUGGAUGGAUGAGCAGACCCGACAAGAGGCCAAGGACAAGGUUUCUAAGCUUCAGGUGGAAAUUGGCUAUCCAGACAGCAUCCUCCAAACUGCUGAAAUGGACCAGGAAUUCCAGGAUCUGGAGAUACAUGACAAUACCUUUUUGCUCAAUGUGGUGGCCUGCCUGAAGGCUGUGAGGGAAAAUUUCUCCCUGAGGCUCCUUCAGCCCCACCUGCAGGAUAAUUGGGAGGUCUUCCCUUGGUCUGUCCAUUCCUACUACUCAAUGAGGCGCCACACCGUGGUCUUCCCUGCGGGAAUGUUCCGCAGCCCCUUCUUCCACGCUGAGUUCCCCAGUGCUGUGAACUUUGGAGCCAUGGGAGUCAUCAUGGCACACGAGCUACUUCAUGCCGUCUAUGAUUACGUGGUGCCUGAGAGCUGUCCUAGAUGCAACAGGGAUGCAUUAGUGCGGGGUACAGACUGCCUGGUGGAACAGUAUGAACGCUACUCUCUGCAGGGCCUGAGAAUCAAUGGCACUUUCACCCUGCUGGAGAAUGCAGCUGACACAGGAGGACUCGCCAUCGCAUACCAGGCCUAUAAGAACUGGCUGAAAAAGCACAAACAGGAGAGGAAUUUACCCAGGAGUGGACUCUCACACCAUCAGCUCUUCUACAUCAGCUUUGCCAAUGGGAUGUGUGGGCACCAGAGCCCCGAGAGACUGCGAGCCUUCCUGCACAGGGACCCGCACAGCCCCCCACCACUCCGUGUCCACGGACCCCUCAGCAACAGCCAGGACUUUGCCAGGCAUUUCCACUGCUCCAGCACAACACCAAUGAAUCCAGCCUUCAAGUGCCACAUCUGGUAAUCCACAUGGAGAAGGAGGGGGAGAAAGAGAGACGGGCAGAUGUAUGGAGACUGGAGCUUUGUAGAACUUUUCCCUGCUGAAGAAUGGCCUGCCCUCACGCAGAGACAUGCUGGAACCUAACCAAUUCCUCCCCAUCCCUUCUUUCUCAUCCUUUUUCCCCGCCAACAGGUCGUGGUGGCAGAAGGUUCAGGUCUGGGUAGCAGGAGGGAAGACAGGCUAAACAUAGCAGCCAGUACAGUGUGUGCUAUUCCCCGACUGCUCCGCAUGCCCUGCCCCAGUUAGGCCAAACUUGCUCUUCAGAGUGUGGGGGCACAGGCUUGCAAGGUCAAUAGACAAGCUGCAAUCAUUAACAACUCGGGGGGAACCUCACAAGUCCCCAUGCACACCUCCCACCCAUGCCACCCACCCUGGACCACCAGGGAUAGAAGAACCUGGUUCUCUCACUCUGAAAGCACAUUGGGGCGGGGGGGAGGGAGAGACAUGCUGGUUACUGCUUCCAGAUGGGAAGAUGAGACAUUUAAUUAAUGUACAUUGCUAAAAACCCCAGCUAGAUAUGUUAUGGCACACCUGUCUUAGCACCCCCAAUAUGAGUGGGAUGGUCCUGGGAUUUUAUCUUAUUUUCUGCUACUUAGCCUAGUGUCCUGGAUCUGACCUGCCUAGCUCUUUGGGAUUGUUUUUUCCCUUGUUCCUCUUACCUCUGACCACUAGGGGCCCGGCCCAGUGCCAGCUUGAAUGGAAAGCUCAGUUCCAUUAACUUCAUUGGACUUUGGAUCAGACCCUAGAUACCACUCCUCCAAUGCAGCAGCUGCCUCUCUUUUCUGAUUGCUCCCCCUGCUGACUUCUGCCGAGAAGGAAUAGCAGCAGCAGCAGCUAUGCUCAAGCUUUUUCACACUCAGAAGAAGGGGAAGAGCAUGCACUGGCUGAGGGAGAAGAAAGGCUGGAACGGUGGAACCCCUUCUGUGGAGAAGAGGAAGUGGGGAAGCAAUUCAUGGACAGGACAAGGAGUGGAAUCUCAGGAGUCAGUGAUGUAGAUACAAUGUUGCAAGUAAUGAAGUUCCACCAGAACCAUUGAGUUAUGAGGUUAUGGGGGACUUCCAGAUGGAAUGGCGCUCUGGCACGUCACUUGGUCCAUAGGGUGGCAAUGUCGCUCAAACAACUUUGCCCUUACCCCACUGGGGCCCAGGCCAGAUUUGAGCGGCAUUGUGACCCAGGUGACACCACUCAUCACUCAGAUUUGGUCUGCUGUGUGAUGUGGGGUGGACAAUGGGGUGAGAGGAACUGAAGGGCAGCCGCCAGCCAAGAUUAGGAGUUGUGUCCCUAGCCUGGGAUGGGAGCGGAGUGCUGAGUUGGGCACUGGUGAGUGGCCUGGAACGUCCUGGGGGCUGGUGAAUGAGGGGUUGAGGGUGUGAGGUGUUGGUGUACUAUGGGGCAAGUGGGAGAGUUGGGGGGAGUUGUGGCAGACAACUGAAGAUGUGGGAGGUGGUGGGGUCGGAUGUGGGCCCGAUGCUGGGCAUAAGCAACAUUUUAGAUUUUGGAAGGGAGCCCCUAACCUAGUCCUGCACCAGGGCCUCGUCGUGUACAGUCAGGAGAAAAUGGGGUCUGGGAGGGUGUUAGAGAUUCCUACUCGUUGCCCCCAGUCACUCCAUAUGAAGAUAACAGACAAGUCUUGUUCCCUCUCACAAAAAGGCAUCGGGUUAGGGUGACCAUAUAUCCCAUUUUGGCCGGGACAGUCUCUUUUUUUAAGCCCUGUCCUGGCUGUCCCGACUUUUUUUUUUUUUUUUGGCAAAACUGGGCAUUUGUCCCAUUGCUCCUGUCAACUGAUCAGUUAGCAAGAGGAAACUGUACACAUGCUCAGUUUUUCCAAAAAGGUUGAGUGCAAACCUUAGCGGGGCAUGGAGGAACAUGUGUGUGGGGGCGAGCAGCAAUGCCAGCCCUUUGCAGGAAGAGGGCUUGGGAGAGCUGCUCGAGCUGGGCCAGCCCUCCACAGGUGGGUGGCAGGGAGUCUUGGGCUGGCUCCACACAGGAAGGCAGGCGGGGGUGGAAUAGCUCAAUGGUUUGAGCAUUGGCCUGCUAAACCCAGGGUUGUGAGUUCAAUCCUUGAGGGGGCCAUUUAGGGAUCUGGGGCAAAAAUUGGGGAUUGGUCCUGCUUUGAGGGGGUUGGACUAGAUGUUCUCCUGAGGUCCCUUCCAACCCUGAUAUUCUAUGGUGCCUUGGGCUGGCCCCAUAUGGUGUCCCAUUUUCCCUUUGGGAAAAUAUCAUCACCCUACAUCAACUUAGCUAGGGCCUGGGCCUGUUUAAGGAAAGGUUGGGAUGGUAGGGGAUGGUUUCCAGGGUUUAUGGGAGCCUCCAGAGUCAGACUAACCAUCCAGAUUUUAGAAUGCUUCUCCAAAUACCAAACUGCUUUUCAGGAAUUUUUGCUAUCCAGAUAGGGGAGUUUUGCUGCUUGUCAAGGUUCCUCCCCCACUCUGAACUCUAGGGUACAGAUGUGGGGACCUGCAUGAAAAACCUCCUAAGCUUAUCUUUACCAGCUUAGGUCAAAACUUCCCCAAGGUACAAAAUAUUACACCCGUUGUCCUUGGACUGGCCGCUACCACCACCAAACUAAUACUGGUUACUGGGGAAGAGCUGUUUGGACGCGUCCUUCCCCCCAAAAUACUUCCCAAAACCUUGCACCCCACUUCCUGGACAAGGUUUGGUAAAAAGCCUCACCAAUUUGCCUAGGUGACUACAGACCCAGACCCUUGGAUCUUAAGAACAAUGAACAAUCCUCCCAACACUUGCACCCCCCCUUUCCUGGGAAAUGUUGGAUAAAAAGCCUCACCAAUUUGCAUAGGUGACCACAGACCCAAACCCUUGGAUCUGAGAACAAUGAAAAAGCAUUCAGUUUUUUACAAGAAGACUUUUAAUAAAAAAUAGAAGUAAAUAGAAAUAAAGAAAUCCCCCCUGUAAAAUCAGGAUGGUAGAUAUCUUACAGGGUAAUUAGAUUCAAAAACAUAGAGAACCCCUCUAAGCAAAACCUUAAGUUACAAAAAAGAUACACAGACAGAAAUAGUUAUUCUAUUCAGCACAAUUCUUUUCUCAGCCAUUUAAAGAAAUCAUAAUCUAACACAUACCUAGCUAGAUUACUUACUAAAAGUUCUAAGACUCCAUUCCUGUUCUGUCCCUGGCAAGAGCAGCAUACAGACAGACACAGACCCUUUGUUUCUCUCCCUCCUCCCAGCUUUUGAAAGUAUCUUGUCUCCUCAUUGGUCAUUUUGGUCAGGUGCCAGCGAGGUUACCUUUAGCUUCUUAACCCUUUACAGGUGAGAGGAGCUUUCCCCUGGCCAGGAGGGAUUUCAAAGGGGUUUACCCUUCCCUUUAUAUUUAUGUCACUGCUGUUAUGUUUUUGUGACCUAGUAUCGUUGUAACCAAAUGUCCUGUAGCAAUGCAGUGUAGGGGAGGCAAAGAGUGAAGAUAUAGUGGAUUUCAGGAGCAGCAAGAAAACUGGCAUUUAAGAAUGUUUGUGUGUUACUAAGAAGAGCCUGAAAACUAUCAAUUUGGAGGCCCUGAUAAUUAGACCUAUAUUUAAAAAAACAAAAAAACCUAAAAUUCACUAGAAUUGGUGAACACACCCCUCCUGCAGCUCACGGAUGCCUGGUUUCUUUGUAAAGCUAUCUCUGGGAAAUUUUUUAAAUGGUGGGAGCUGUUUUAUUCUGACCAUUAUACAGUAACUCCUCACUUAAUGUUGUAGUUAUGUUACUGAAAAAUCCAACUUUAAGUGAAAUGAUGUUAAACUAAUCCAGUUUUCCCAUAAGAUUUAAUGUAAAUGCGGGGGGUUAGAUUCCAAGGAAAUUUUCUGGGGGCAGACAAAAGGCAUUAUAUACUGUACGGUACUGUACUGUACUGUGGUUGGAAAGUGCCCCUGGCUUACUCCACACAGGCAGAGCCCGCUGCAGGCAAGGACACUAGGAAGCACCUUCGCAGCAGCAGCAGAAACUUCCCCCCUGAAGAACAGGCUCUGACUUUGCCGGGGAAUGCUCCAGGCCCGCCUCUUCCCAUCCCCGCUCCACUCCAGGCCCACCUCUUCCCACCCACAAUCCACCUUCUCUCUGGAGCACACCGCAUCCCUGCUCCUUCCCCCCUCCCAGAAAGUCCUAACAGCUGUUUGGCAGUGCUUAGGACUUUCUGCGAGGUAGGGGGAGGAGCGGAGAAGAGGAUUCUGUUCAGUGAGGAACAGCUGUUUGGUGGCAGAGGAAGCGCUGGGAGGAAGGGGGAGGAGGCAGAGAAGAGGAACUUGUGCAAUGCUUCCUUGUAAAGUUGCUGCUCUUCCACAGAACCUUACAAGCAGUGGACAGAGCAGGCAGCCAAACCUGUUAUAAGAAAACAUUGCACAACUUUAAACAAGCAUGUUCCCUAAUGGAGCAGUGACGUAACUUCGAAACAACAUUAAGCGGGAGGACAUUAAGUGAGGACUUACUGUAUUACCAGUGUGGUGAUUCUUUGGAAGUAGAUACUGGUAUUGGGAAUGAGCAUCAAAAUUAAAGCUGGAAAAGACCUAUUAAUUGUCUUAUGACUGUGACAAUUAGCAAGGGUUGUGGAGGAUUCUCAAUCUUUGGCAAUUUUUAAAUUAAGACUGGAUGUUGCUCUAAAAAAACAGGAAUUUUUGGGGGAAGUUCUAUGGCCUGUUUAUACAGGAGGUCAGACUAGAUUAUCACAAUCAUCCCUUCUGGCCUUGGAAUCUAUGAAUCCAGUGCCAGCCAGCGUAGGCCAACACAGUAUAUUCUUCAGCAGCACUUCUUUUGAAAGACUAUUCCACUGUUCUGUUCUCACUGAUUAAAGCCAAAGAGAAAGUACAUGAAUAAAAGGUUCCUUACCUGUGUUGUUAUUAGUAACACUUUUGACUGAAAAAUUAUAAUUGAAAUAAUUUUAAAAUAUUAAAUGUACUAUUUACUAUUAA